GAUAAUAUUAAUUAAUUUUGAAUAUAAUGUAGUGACCUAGGGUUAGUCUCCUUGCAACAAAGUACCAAUUUAGCAUUGCUAAUAUCUCCAACUUUGUUGUAAAUUAACGUCGUGUGUGUUUACAAGUGAUUGUGUUAGCGAGAAUAAUUUAUUCUCGUAUCAGAUUUUUAGCGCGGGUAGAUUGUAUGAGUAAAACCAGACGAAAAAAGUUCGAAGUUAAACGUUGAUUAGGCUUAAGUUUAUUAAUGUUGAUUCCGUUGAAGGAUCUAUUUUAUGUUUAUUCGUGUUAGUGUUGCAUUACCUUUGUUUCAGAUGUAUAUAUAAAGAUUAAAUAGAGAAAUAAAUUAGAAUGAGAGAGAAAGCAGUAUUUAAACCGGGCGAUUUGGUAUUUGCAAAAGUUAGGGGAUAUCCUCCAUGGCCUGCUAGAAUUGAAGAAAAACCACCAGAAGGGAAGAAAGUGCCUCUGAAUAAAUACCCUGUUCUUUUCUUCGGAACAUAUGAAAUAGCUAAUCUUGCACCCAAGGACCUCUUUUCUUAUCAGGACUACAAAGAAAAGUAUGGAAAACCCAUGAAACGAAAAUUUUUCAAUGAUGGAUUAUGGGAACUUGAAAACAAUCCAAAAGUUGUCCCUCCGACACAAACGGAUGAAAGUCCUGAUGAUAUGGAAGAUGAUGAUGAUGAUGCUGAGAAGUCAAGUGAUGAUGAAUCUAACUUAGUCAUUGCUGAAGACAAACCAAAGCAGAAGCUGUCAUCAAAUCGUAAACGGAAAAUAGACCAGAAAGUUGAAAAGGCAAAGAAAGGAAGAGUUCGAAACAACACUGUUGUUCAAGAAAGAGAGUUGGAAAAAAAUGUCAUGCAUAAGAAUGAUUCCAAACACUUAAAUGAAAGCCAGAAAAGUGAAUGUGAAAAAGAGACAAAGAGAAGGAAAGCUGGUACAAUAGAGCCUGAACGAAGCAGGAGUGGGCGAAUGAUUAAAAGGAAAAAGUAUAGUUCAGAAAGUGAAUCAGAAAAAGAAGGGAAUAAAGAGAAAAAUAAUGAUGAUGAUGCAAAGGUUAAAAAUUCUCCUGUAAGAAGGUUAUCUGAUGAAAAAGGUUAUAGUACAGAGGAAGAACCUGCAAAAAUUGAUGAUAAAAUAAAUAAACGCAAAAUGAAGGAAGAUCAUCCUGUUGAUACGUCAGUACAACACAAGUUGAAUGAGAUAAAAGAAGACUCCUCUGAUACUGAAAAUAUUGGCAAAAGGAUACAGAUAUAUGACCAACAGCUAUCAGAUGAUCAUUUGGACAGAAAAGAAGAGGAAAAAGAACAGGAGGAAUCUUCAUUGGAAUUCAAAAGAAAAAGGCGAGAAAAGGAAAAAAAGAAAAGAGAACGGAUCAAAUCCAAGUUGGUUGAUUCAUCUAAGAAGGAAGGAAAUAGAAAGAAAACAGACAGCUCUGAAGAUGAAGUGAAAACGUCCGAGAGUAGUAAGAGUGUUGAUAAUCAACCCAUUGAAAGCAUUUUAAAGACAGAAUCGUUUGUAAGGCUUUUAGACAUCAAAGAAACUUUAAAAAAAUCAGAUUCUACCAAAUCAAGUAAGAAAAUUCAAAUGCCAAAGAGCCAAGAUGGAAAGCCAGGUGAAAGAAAGAAUAGUGAAGAUAAACAUGUUGAUAAAUGUGACUCGAGUUCACAAGGCAAAUACACUGAGAAGCAGGAAGCCAGGAUAAAAGAUAAACAUACAGAUGAACAUCAUACAGAAGAGGAUGGUGCAAAGCAGGAAACGAAAGGGAAGAAUGAUUCUACAAACAAACAUACUGCAGAAACAAAAGGGAAGAAUGAUUCUACAAACAAACAUUCUGUAGAAACAAAAGGGAAGAAUGAUUCUACAAACAAACAUUCUGUAGAAACGAAGGGCAAAAAUGAGUCAAGGCAAGAGAAAAAAGCAAAAGACAAAGUUACAGAAAAACAUACUAGACAAGAAAAAGAUAACUCAAGAAAAAAUACCGAAGAUAAAGCUACAGAUAAACUUUCUACAGACACAGAUGGUAAUGGUAGCUCAAAUCAAAAAGCAAAAGACAAAUCAUUUAAUAAACAAAUAAAAUCAGAAGACAGAAACAGUCCAGAAAGAAAAGCAAGGGGAAAGGAGGAAGAAGAAUCUGAAAAAUUUGAUGACAAGUCAAGUUCAAAAGAUGGACACUCAUCAGGAAAGGACAACCACUUGGACGAAGUCCACCAGAAAGAUGCAAAGAAAGGAGAAGAAAAAGAACGAACGAAGAGAGAGAAACUUGAAAAGAAAAAGCGAGAAAAAAUUGAAAAACAGAGUAAAAAAUAUUCCCUUCUGGAAUCCCGGCUGUGUGAACUUGAUGAAAUAAUUAAAAACAGUUUGAGUUUUGCCAGUAUGGACGUUGACCGCUGUAUGUCAGCCUUGAAUGAACUUGACAACUUACCUUUAACACAGUCUGUCAUCAGCAGGGAGCCUGAUAUUAUUCACACCAUUCGAAAAUGCCGCAAGUUUAAGAAAAAUGAUGUCAUAAAACAGAAAGCAGAGUAUCUCUAUCAUAAAUUUAAGAACCAGCUUCUUGUCCCUGAAGGAGAGAAUUUUGGAACAGUUUUUGACUCGGAUGUUAGAAAAUGUCAAGAAACUUCUGAGAUGGAACAUGAGAAUGAAACGGAUGCAACUGUUACUGUAAAUGGAUUUACCACUGGGUCGAAAUCCUCUGCAGAUCAUGCCAACAAUCCGGAUUCCAUGAAGUUAUCCAUUUCAGCAGAAGAUGGUGAUAAAAGUCAAGAUAAUACAAGUUCUGAAACAGGAGCUCAUUUGGUGCAUUCUUCGGGUGAUGGGAAACUGUCAGAUUUACCGUCUUUGCACAAAAGUGUUUCUGAACCUUCUAACGUAACCGAAAAGGAAGAAAACCAGCUACUGUUAGAAAGCACAUGAAGUGUAACGAAGGGCAUCAGGAACUACAAAUUAUUGAUUUGGAGAAAUAUUUAUUUCUGUGCAGGGAUACAUUCUGAAUAUUUAUUUUUUUUUCUUGAAUUAUUUUAUUUGCUAAUUUGUUUUUUAUGUAAGAAAAUUACACCAAAAUUAUUAUUAAUUAGAGUAUAUUUACUUAUCGGUUAUUCAUGCAAUAAUAAAAUUUAGGACCAUAUGUUAAGGUUUUGGAAGUAAAGAGUUCUAUGUUUCUUUUUCCUCUUAUUAUAAUAGAACAAAGGGGGGGGGGGUAAAAAAGAACUACUAUGUUUAGUUUGGAAAUAUGUUCUUGGUACUCCUUUGUUAUUGAUCAAUAUUUGUAUAUUUCUGAUUGGUUUCUCUAGUAUUUUACUCAGUAGAAAUGUAACUGGUUUGUAAAGAUAUCUUUUUAUCAUCAUGAACUGAUAUUCUCAUGUGGUCCAGUCAGUGCUUACAUUUAUAACCAUAUAAAUGUUCUAACUAAAAGAUUUCAUUUGUAAAACAGUCUUGGGUUACUUUUAGGGCUCAAAUCCAUGUUAUGUAAGCAUUGAAUAAAAUCAUCCAUUUCUUUUCA